CUUCUUACCCAGGCUUUGCUCGUGCCAAGGAUGCUCUGCCUGCUGCUUGCCCUGGGAGCACUGGUGCUCAGCCUGGCAGCAGGUGCUAUGGAGAUCCAGGUCCCGGAGGAGCCUGUGGUGGCUCUUUUUGGCCAAGAUGCUACCCUGCACUGCUCCUUCUCCCCUGAGGCCAACUUCAGCCUUGAUGACCUGAGCCUCAUCUGGCAGCUGACAGACACCAAGCGCUUGGUGCACAGCUUCUCUGGUGGCCAGGACCAGCUGGCAGACCAGGGUGGGGGCUAUACCAACCGUACAGCUCUCUUCUACGACCAGCUGGCCCAGGGCAAUGUCUCACUGCUCCUCCGGCGUGUGGAGAUCUCAGAUGAGGGUAGCUUCACCUGCUUUGUCCGGGUCCGGGACUACAGCAGCGCAGCCGUGACGUUGCAGGUGGCAGCUCCCUACUCCAAGCCCAGUAUGAACCUGGAGCCCAACAAGGACUUGAAGCCAGGAGAUCUGGCAGCCGUGACUUGCCGUGCUUCCCGUGGCUACCCUGAGGCCAGUGUCCUCUGGCAGGAUGGCCAGGGUAGCAACAUCACGGAAAACGUUACCACGUCCCAGGUGGCCAACGAGGACGGUCUCUUUGAUGUGCACAGCGUCCUCCAGGUGCUGGUGGAGCCCAGCAGCACCUACUCCUGCCUGGUGCGAAACCCGGUGCUGCAGCAGGAGACCCAAGCCUCCGUCACCAUCACGGGCCAACACCUCGCCUUCCCUGCCGUGGCUCUCUGGCUGACGGUGGGACUCGCCAUCUGCGUCGUGGGGCUGCUUGCCGUCUUGGCGUACGUGUGCCAGAAGAAAAUCCGCCAGAGCUGUGAGGAAGAGGAGGAAAACGCAGGGACGGAGGAGCAGGACGAGGAAGGGGAAGAACCCAAGACAGCCCUGCAGCCACUGAAGAGCGCAGAGAGCAAGGAUGGUGAGUGUGUUGCCUAG